AUGGUGCUUGCCAUCAGUCCUGAGAUUAAGGCAGAGAUUUGUCAAAUCUUACAAGCCUUUCUUUUGGAUAUAGAUUAUAAACUUCUUCCUCUGCAAAUAUAUCCUGCAGUGGAAGACGAAGUGAAGCUUCAUUUCAAGAGUCAAGGCUUCUCAGAUGAAUUUGUCUCGAAGAUCCACAGACAGAUCGAAUCCAGUGUGGGAAUCGCAACAACGGCUUUUCAAACAACCCCGUUCAAUAUACAAUGCACAAUCGCAAUCUUCACUACUUAUGUCCUCGUUAUUGACGAUUUUGUCAACGAUCUCGAGUUCAAGAAUCACCUAAAGCGAUUUAAUAUUUGCCUCUUGACCCGAAAGCCCCAAGGAAGCCCGUUCCUUGAAAGCAUGGGAGAGUUCCUGAGCUCCUUUUCUUCUAUCUUUGGCCAAUUCGCCAGCGACAUGAUCAUCAAGGACACACUGCAAUUCAUCAGUGCAUCUUACGUAGAAGCCGAGAGCGAGAAUCUUCGAUUCCCCCCAGAAGCAAAUCUAUUCCCUACCUACUUUCGCCUGAAAGUCGGUGCGGCCGAAGCAUAUUCCUUCAUGCUGUUCCCAAUUGAGCAAUUCCCCGAAGCCGAAUGCCUCGGACACUACCUACCGCUGAUACCAGACUUGAUAUGCGCUUUUAAUUGGAUAAAUGAUAUCAUGUCGUUUUAUAAAGAAAUGGUUGAGAUGGAAGAAUUCAAUUUUAUCCAAAACUCGGCCAGGUGUGAAGGGCUCACGCAACUUGAGUUUCUGAAGAAGCUCUGUGAUGACACAAGCGACAUGAUUCGGAAUUUGCGUACACGUGGGAAAGCUUACCCUGGGCUAUCGAAGGUUAUUGAGGCUUUUUUAUCUGGUUAUGUCAUGUACCAUAUGACGCAGACGCGGUAUCGAAUGGACGAUCUGGAUCUGACAUUCGUUUCCUGA